AUGACGCCGAGCGCGCCUAUAAUCACUCGUAGAGGCUCUGCGGCAUGGGAAUUGCCUCUUUGCGCGACCUCCUCGCUCUCCUAUUACUGUUUGCUCCUCAGGCGCAACUCGGACGAUGGAGUACCAACUCGACACGAUGCAAUCAAGAGAGUGAGAUUGUGCAAUGCAAGAUGCUAG